AUGAGGCAAAUAUUUUCCAUUUCGGAUAUUCCCGAAUUCUCCAGAAAGGAACGCAUUGUAGUUGUUGGUAUUAUAGGUAAAUCACCAUACCGUUACCCCAAUAAAACUACUCCUCUUCUGCCCUCUGUCCAGUGUGAAGAAAAUGGCAUUGAAUGCCAUUGGGAUGAGAGGAAAGGAGUAUUAUAUCUUCAUGCAGUUACAUAUCUUGAUACUAAAAGUUUGGUGUCACUGGCAACAAACCUUGAUGAGAAUUCUAAGAGUACAGUAAAAGAUGCAGAUGCAGCGCAUUGGUUAGUGGCAUCUGGGGAGCUAGCUAUGGAGUCAUGCAAGUCCAUCGCAUUGAUAUUUCAUUUAUGUCAUAUUGUAAUACUGUCUUCACCCACACCUGUAUUUGAUCUAGGUUACUUACAACUAUUUAAAGCAGUUGAUGGUUAUAGGGCAGAACUUAUUGCAAAAACAACUGCUGCUAUACUUUCUUCUGAAGCUGGAAGUGCAUGGAAGACUCAUGGUAGGCCUUGUUGUCCUCGCUUGCUCUUCCAUUUCCGAAGAGCUCCCACUCCAUUGAAAAAGGCCCCGGCAGCUUUGAAAAGAUUAGAGCAUGCAGUGGAAGAUCAAAUAUAUUUUAUAUUAAGGAAGGCCAGAAUAAUCACCAAUGUUUGUGCCAAAUCUCUGUUUGCAAUACCCAAGAAUGAAGAAUUUGUGUACAUAAAUGCAGAUGAUGGUAAAAAUUGUGCUAGAGAUGUGAGCUCUCUUAUUAAAGGUUUGGUACAUCUCUGUACUGGCACAGAGCCUGAACCACCCACACAAAGAAGUUCCUUCAGACAGUUCUUACGAGGACACUUGGAUUUAGCAUUUGGGGAAGGAUUUGAUGACAAUGUCGGCAAAUAUGCCAUGAGCACUUCCUUCUUUGAGCUACCCAGUGCUUCGUCAUGGCGAGCGGCGGCGCAGGCUCUCACACCCGUUUAUUUGCAAGAGUCCCCAAAAAGUGACAACGAGGAAGCAGGUGGCGCCCUCUUUGACGCACUUGCUACUGAUGUACGGUUCUCACAGGCGAGAUGUGCUAAGGUGUUGCCCAUUGCUCAAGCGUCCUACGCUGAAGGCCUACCAUCACAUUACUCCAGUCAACAUCACGCACACAAGGUGAGCGUGGCGCUGGGCGUGGCGGAGGCGAUGGCGCGCGGGCCGCUGGCGGCGGCGGGGCGCGCGCGGCUGCGGGCCGCCUGCGCCGCGGCGUGGCGCGCGCGCCGCCUGUGCGAGGCGCCCUCGCUCACCGCGCACCCCUGCGUGCACCCGCAGCAUGACAGCUCCAAGGAGCACUCGUCGGGCGUACGCUACAUCAGCGCGUGCAACUGCGGGCGCACCAAGUGCCCGCGCGACGACCCCUACACCGUGAAGAAGGCCAACCACGGCUUCUACAGCUACGCGGCGGACGAGUGCGGCGUGUGCGCCACGCUGCAGGCCAUCGACUUUCCUGUUUUCCAACCUUCUACACCUAGUUUUAGGGCAGCAUCAGUGAAAGGCUCAACAGAGGAACCAGUGGAGGGGUCAGAAGUUAAAGAACCGGAGGAGUCCCCCGCGGCGCUGACAUCCCCGCAGUCGCGCUCCUGGACGCCGCCCGACGAGCUGUCCCCGGGCUCCGCGCGCGACGAGGACGAGGACGAGCCGGCCGCCUGCAGCGAGGACGGCAUAGAGGUGGUCACCGUGCAGGGUACUAGCUCAGAAAAAUCAAUAAGCCGUCAACCGUCAACAACAGAGUACUUACCAGGGAUGCUGCACACUGCCAGCCCGGCUAACCUCUUACCGGCCUUCCCGAGCUGGUCUUUAGUGUGCUUGGGAGCAUCUUCCCUGUACUCCCACAGUGCAGGACUGCCUGAACACCUGCAGCCAGGGUUUCUUCCUCAUACAAAUUACUUGCUACCCUGGGACUGUGCGGUCAGGAUGGACGCUUGGAGGGCGAGAGCGAGGAAAACCCCCACACAUAACUUGACUGUGAAGAUAUUUAUCGGAUUUGAAUAUGAAUGUCCUAGAGGACACAGGCUGAUGAUGUCAUCCCCGGACACGGUGGUGAACGGCGGGUCGAGCGCGUGGGCGCGCGACGCGGGUGCGGCGGGCGCGCGCCUGGCCGCCGCCGCCAUGCCGCUGCGCGCGCCCUGCCUGUGCCGCGCGCCGCCGCCCGCCCUCGCCGCCCGACCCGCCGCGCGCCCCGCCGCCCACGCCGCCCGCCUCGCGCGCCUGCACGUCGUCACGCCCAAGGCGCCCGUGCACGUCACCCUCGACCCCAAGGUGCAACCAGUCCCAGGGGGCCCGAUCUUCGUCCCGCAGCCGGCGGGUGAGCCUCCCAUCAAACUGUCGGCCUCCACGUACUGGAUCCUGCGCUUCCCGUACGUGUACGCAGACGAGCGCGGCGUGCUCCCGCACCACCAUCCCGGCACCCUCAUCCCGCCGCUCUUCGGCCUGCAGGAG